AUCGCGUUUCCGCGAUACCCAUAUAUUUGGGGAGGCAGAGAGACAACUUUCCGUUCUUACACCUACUAGUAUUAUUUAUUAAGAUAAUAAUUUUUGCCAAACCCUAGAGAGAGAGUGUGACUGCCAAGAAAAUUUCAAAUAUUUUCACGACAUUAAAACGUCUAUCCUACUUUCACAUUCCCUCCACUUCUCUCUUUUUUCUUUCUCUACUGUAACUGGACACAGCAACAGCAGCAGCAAAUGGUGGUGUUGUACACUGACGAACAGCUGGAUCGAGAUCUCACAAUCAAUGGGGAGAAUAAGAGUGGGUAUUCCCUGAGGAGGACUGGCGCAAGAGUGAAGACUCGCGAAGCUAGAGACUCUUCUCCUUCGCCACCUCCUCCUCCCGCCGAGAGGAAAAGGACCGUCCCUGCCUCCAGCAAAAUGGGGCGGAUAGAGAAAAAAAUCAAGACAGAGAAUGCCGAGACCAAGGCCACCGCCUUGGUUGCAGGUGGUGGUGGCAACAGUGACGAAUCCGCCACUUUCGCUGUGGAGAAGAGUGCUUAUGCUAAGGUCACAGAAACACUGCGGAAGUUUAACAAAUACUAUCUCAAUUUCAUCCAGGCAGAAGAGACUAGGUGCGCAAAGCAGGACGCUGAUCUUAAGGCUAUGAAGGUUUUAAAAUCUAAAUCCAAGGUUUUAAAAUCUAAGCCCAAGAUAGGUGAUACCACUGAAGAUCCCACUAAAAAGGCUUCCAAGCGCCCUGAUCUCAAGGCUACGGCCGAGAUGAGGAAAACUAAAGCAAUUCUAUACCCUGAGAAGAGAAUUGGCUCCAUUCCAGGUAUUGAUGUUGGUCACCAAUUUUUUUCACGAGCCGAGAUGGUUGUGGUGGGUUUUCACCAACACUGGUUGGGUGGAAUUGACUUCAUUGGGCAAAGUGCUACCACUUCCAGAAAAUCUGGAAAAGAAUUGGGAUUGAAAGGAUACAAGCUUCCACUUGCUGUAUCUAUUGUUUUGUCUGGCCAAUAUGAGGAUGAUUUAGACAAUUGCGAGGAAAUUGUCUACACUGGUCAAGGAGGAAACAAUUUGCUUGGAGACAAACGGCAAAUUGCGGACCAAGAACUGAAAAGAGGCAAUUUGGGACUUAAGAAUUGUAUGGAGCAAUCUGUACCUGUCAGGGUAAUUCGUGGACACAAGUGUCAAAACAGCUACGUAGGGAAGGUUUACACCUACGAUGGCUUAUAUAGGGUUAGGAGUUAUUGGGCUGAAAAAGGAGUUUCUGGAUUCACAGUCUACAAAUUUAGCCUAAAACGAGAUGAUGGACAGCCACCUUUGACAACGAAGGAGGUUUAUUUUACUCGUGGUCGUAUUCCUAACUCUAUAUCAGAAAUAAGAGGGUUGGUUUGUGAAGAUAUUGCUCAAGGCCUUGAGAAUAUUCACAUCCCUGUCACUAAUUUGGUCGAUGAUUCUCGCAUUGAAGGUUUUGUCUACAUCAAGAACUUGAAAUUUAGUAAGAAUGUACGUGUCCCUACAAUUGCUCCAAUCGGAUGUGACUGUCGUGGAUCCUGUGCCGAUCCAAGAAGCUGUGCAUGUGCAAAACUUAAUGGGGGUGUUUUCCCAUAUGUCCACAGGGAUGGUGGAAG